AUGCAAAUCCAGGCAUUUAUUUUUUGCGGUAAGGGCCACAAUUUGGCCCCCUUCACGCACCUAAACCAUUUUAACAACAUGGUCAAUCCUCCCACUACGUCUUCCACUUCGACACCACAUUCACCUUUCUUACCAAAGGCUCUAUUACCCAUUGCAAAUAGGCCAAUGAUAGAAUAUGUCCUCGAUUGGUGUGAUCAGGCAGAUUUCAAAGAGAUUAACAUUGUCGCUCACGUGGACGAAAUGGAGACCAUUAAAGAUGGGUUGAAACCAUUCUUAGCAUUGAGAGAACAACAAUUCGACCUGAUCUCUAAGGCAUUGUCAGCAUCAAAUCAUACUCAUCAUUUGCAAUCCUUGAAACCUAUCAAUUUCAUUCCUUCUAAGACUUCAUCCACGGGUGAAUCAUUACAAAAGGAACUAUUAGACAAGAUUAAGUCAGAUUUUAUUCUCUUACCUUGUGAUUUUAUUACAGAUAUCCCUCCUCAGAUUCUUAUCGACCAAUUCCAAAAUAGAGAUGAUGAAAAUCUGGCCAUGACUGUUUACUAUAAAAACUCAUUGGAAGCUAAUAUUAGUGAUAAGAAGCAAUUGAAAAAGCAACGAAAUUUCUUCACUAUUUACAGUGAAAAUGAAGACUCCGAUGAACAACCUGUCCUACUAGACAUUUAUUCUAAGGACGACGUCACGAGGAGUAAAUAUUUGCAAAUUAGAACACAUUUACUUUGGAAAUAUCCAAAUUCAACUGUAUCCACUAAAUUAGUCAAUUCCUCCAUAUAUUUCUGUUCCUAUGAAUUGGCAAAGCUAUUAAACGCGUCCAAUUCCACUUCCACUUCAAAUAAUGUCGUUGGAAGCAACAUGUCCAAUGGAUACAUUAACAACGAGGAAACAGAAAAGAAGAACAGUAAUAACAGUAAUGACACGACAACAAUAAAUCCAUCGUAUUUUAAGAAAUCAAACACGUUGAUACCGGACUCUAUCAAUUGCAACAAACCACUAUCGAAGUUAUUCAGAGAUUUAGGUAGAAGAUCAUGGCAACAUUCCAAGCCAAGAGAAACAAUAUCCAUAUUCAUCUUACCCACUGUUUCAUUCUUCAUUAGAUCCAAUAAUUUGAUCAAUUUAAUGGAAGCCACUAGAUUCGUCUUAAAGAUUAAAUCUCAUGCGAUCCCCACACAGGCCUCAUCAUCCAUUGGUGCAGAUGCCCUCGUGGACCCAUCAUGUAAGAUUAUGGAAAAGAGCAGUGUGAAAUUGUCCUCCGUUGGUUCAGAUGGGUUCAUUGGUUCCAAAUCACGUAUUGCAGGUAGUAUUUUGCUGAAUAAUGUCCAUGUGGAUGAUGACGUGAUCUUGGAGAAUUGUAUAGUGGGACCUCAUGCCAGAAUUGGUAAGAAAUCUAAAUUAACCAACUGUUAUGUGGAAGGUAACUACAUAGUUGACAUGAAGGGAGUCUUUAAAGGUGAAACUUUGUCAAGAUUGAUCCUUGAUGAUGAUGAAUUUGGCAGUGAAGCCGCAUACAGUUCGGAUGAAAGUGGUGACUAUGAUGAGGAAGAGUCAGAUGAAGACAGUGACGAAGAGGAGUAUUACGAAGAUGAAGAUUUUGAAGAUGAUGGAUUAUUUGAACGUUAA